AUGCGUUCCUCCAUUAUUCUCGCCCUCGUGGCAUCCUCCUCGCUAGCCUCUGCCGCCUACAAGGGCUUCAACUACGGCGCCUCCUUCACCAAUGGAGCCGUAAAACAACAAUCUGACUACGAAGCCGCCUUCAACGCUGCCAAAUCCCUCCCAGGCGCUCCCGGCUACAACAGCGCCCGCCUCUUCACCACCAUGCAAGGCGGCACCGCCAACGGCACCGCCAACACGCCCAUCUCCGCCAUCCCCGCCGCCCUCAACACCGACACAACCCUUCUCCUCGGCCUCUGGUGCUCCGCCGGCGACGCCGUCUUCAACAACGAACUCGCCGCCCUCACCAACGCAAUCGCCCAGUACGGCCAACCCUUCGUCGACAAGAUCACCGGCAUCUCCGUCGGAAGCGAGGACCUCUACCGCGCGAGCGCCAUCGCCAGGGAGAACGGUGAAGUGAACCCCGGCGCCACACCAGACACCAUCGCCCGCUACAUCGGCCAAGUGCGCUCCGCCCUCUCGUCCACAAUCGCAAAUAGGAUCCCUAUCGGCCACGUCGACACCUGGACGGCCUGGGUCGACGGCGCCAACACAGCCGUCAUCAACGCAUGCGACUUCAUCGGCAUGGACGCCUACCCGUACUUCCAAUUCCAGGACGUCGGCAACGCCAACGCCGUGUUCUGGGAAGCCUACGACAACACCGACGCCGCCACCGGCGACAGACCGGUCUGGAUCACCGAGACGGGCUGGCCCGUGACCGGACGCACCCUGGGACAGGCGGUCCCGGGCAUCGAGAACGCGCAAAGAUAUUGGAAGGAGGUCCAGUGCCAGGCCACGGCCAGGGGCAUCAAUACUUAUUGGUAUAUCCUGAACGAUGGGCCGUCCACCCCGUCCUUCAGCGUGCUGGGCGGCCCCGAGGGCCAGUCGCUCGACUCCAGGCCCUUGUACGAUCUCUCUUGCUGA